UGAAAGAUCGUCUAAUAAAUUAUUGAAUAUGAACAAUUUCCCCAUGAUGGCUAACGUUAUAAUGUCAAGCACUCGAAUAGUCGAGCGCACUGUCCUUUGACAGCUCUUGUUAAUUUUUGUUUUCAAUGGACCGUUUUAACCUAUGACCUAUUUGACUUCCAAUGACGCGGUGAGCAAAUUGUUAUCUCUAACAGUGGACUUUUCAGACAUAUUCUGUUUCUGUUGGUAUACUUAGUGAGAAUGCUAUCGAGGUCAGGACACAGGGUUCUGAUGACACUGCAGAGAAAGUGUAGUAACCUCAGCCAGCUUAUGAAAUGUCCAGCUGUAACUGAACCACUCAACUUUCUGGCUGGUAGACGCAUAGCCCUUGAUACCUCCCGGGACCAGAUCCCGCUCCAGUAUCCUGCCACUGGUGAAGUUUUGUGCUCCAUGCAGUUAGCCAGCAAGAUGGAUGUGGACCGAGCGGUCACAGCAGCAAAGGAUGCUCAGGUGGGAUGGGCAAGAAUGUCAGGAUUCCAUCGGGGGCAGGUGCUCAAACGUGCGGCUGACAUCAUACGGAGCCGUCUAGAGGAGAUAGCUAGACUGGAGACACUGGACACUGGCAAGCCAAUUUGGGAGGCUAGACUGGACAUGCAGAGCUGUGCAGACACCAUAGAGUACUAUGGGGGACUGGCUGCCUCAAUAGCUGGGGAGUUCUUGCCCCUCUCUGAUGGCUGCUAUGCCUACACUAUUCGUGAAGCACUAGGGGUUGUAGGAGGUAUAGGGGCCUGGAACUAUCCCCUCCAGAUGGCUUCUUGGAAGUCUGCGCCUGCUCUUGCCUGUGGCAAUUCCUUUGUGUUCAAACCGUCUGAGUUAACACCCCUUACAGCAGUGGUACUGGGAGAGGUGUAUAAGGAGGCAGGACUCCCAGAUGGCUGCUAUAAUGUUGUACAGGGUGGUGGUGAGGUUGGCCAGUUGCUAUGCAGUCAUGAUCUAGUUGACAAGAUCAGCUUCACAGGAAGUGUCCCAGUCGGGUCAAAGAUCAUGGAGGCUUGUGCAAAGGGUGUGAAGCAUGUUACCCUGGAGCUGGGAGGGAAGUCUCCACUGAUCAUAUUUGAUGACUGUCACCUUGACAAUGCUGUGUCCGGGGCCAUGAUGGCUAACUUCCUUACCCAGGGGCAGGUUUGCUCCAAUGGAACCAGGGUCUUUAUACAGAAGAAAAUAAUCACAGAAUUUUUAGAAAAGCUGGUAAAGCGAACAAAGAGAAUGAAAAUCGGAGACCCAUUUAAUGAUAAUACCACUGUAGGGGCAACUAUAUCUAGACAACAAGCAGACAAAGUGCUCCGCUAUGUAAACCUUGCCAAACAAGAGGGUGCUGAAGUUUUAUGUGGAGGUCAAGAGGUGACUCCAGAAGAAAGAUUUAAAGGUGGCCAGUUCAUGUCACCAUGUGUGUUGUCACGUUGCCAUGACGACAUGGCAGUAGUGAAGGACGAGGUAUUUGGCUCGCUGAUGUCUGUUCUGCAGUUUGACUGUGAGGACGAGGUAGUUGCCAGGGCCAACAAUACAGAGUUUGGACUCGCUGGAGGGGUGUUCACAAAGGACCUGGGAAGGGCCCACAGGGUGACAUCACAUCUGAAGGCAGGCUCCCUAUAUGUUAAUAACUACAACAUGUACCCAGUAGGCGUCCCCUUUGGCGGAUACAAGAAGUCCGGCAUUGGACGUGAGAAUGGGCCGGAUGCAAUACAGUACUACACACAAGUGAAAUCCGUUUAUGUGGAAAUGAACGAUGUAAAAGCACCGUUUUGAUAUAUAUGUCAUAUUUUAUUUGUUAUUUGUAAAACCCUUGGUGCUAUUGUUUCUGUGGUUACCUGUAUUCUUUAGUGCAAUGCAAAUUUAUGAAAUGUGCAUGACAAUCAUUUGUUGUUUCAGGGACCUAUACACACAUAUAGGUCCUUGGUUGUUUUUAAAAUGCCAUUUAUAGGUUAGCUGAGGUAAACUAUUUUAUGUUAGCCAUUUGUGUUCUGUUGAUAGUCUAGUAAUCACUAAUAGACAUUGUUUUAAUUUAAUAAUUGGAUUCCGUUACAUGUAUACAACUGUUGAUAUGUACAGUAAAAGUAUAUGAAUGCUUAAAAGAAUUUAUGAACCUUA